UCGCGAAAGCUCGGGGUCGCUCCGAGGCGCGCGCCGGCGGUCCUCCUUCGCUCCGUUUACCUGAGGGACCCGCGGCCACGUACAGCCGGCGCCGCAGCCCCGCAGGAGCCCGGCCCCGAGGUGUGAGAUAUUUCAAUCAAAGGAAGAAAUAGCUCUUCUCCUAAGAUGGAAUCUGUUGUUUGGGAAUGUGGUUGAUCAACUUGAUAUGUUGGCCAAGUGGUGCCCUGUGUAAUAAAAUGAAAAGAAGAGGCAAGAUGAUGUCAUUUUCCCAUAUUGUGAAACCAAAAACAAAUGCCUUUUGUGAGACCAAGUUAACAAACCUCUGACGGUGCAAAGAGUAUUUCUGUUUGAAGAACUUAACAGAAAGAUAGAAGAAGUACUUUCAAGCUGAGACCUGCAAGUGUAUAAAGAUCUAAAAUACAUAUUGAGAAGGCCUGAUCAUCUGAGUCUCAUUCAGUCGAGGAAGCAUGGCUAUGAGUUGGAUCGUCUUCAUUCUGUGGCCCUUGACUAUGUUUGUGGGGCAUAUAGGUGGGCACAGUUUGUUUUCUUGUGAACCUAUUACCUUGAGGAUGUGCCAAGAUUUGCCUUAUAAUACUACCUUCAUGCCUAAUCUUCUGAAUCAUUAUGACCAACAGACAGCAGCUUUGGCAAUGGAGCCAUUCCACCCUAUGGUGAAUUUGGAUUGUUCUCGGGAUUUCCGGCCAUUUCUUUGUGCACUCUACGCUCCUAUUUGUAUGGAAUACGGACGUGUCACACUUCCCUGCCGUAGGCUCUGUCAGCGGGCUUACAGUGAGUGUUCGAAGCUCAUGGAGAUGUUUGGUGUUCCUUGGCCUGAAGAUAUGGAAUGCAGUAGGUUCCCAGAUUGUGAUGAGCCGUAUCCUCGACUUGUGGAUCUGAAUUUAGCUGGAGAUCCUACUGAAGGAGCCCCAGUGGCAGUGCAGAGGGACUAUGGUUUUUGGUGUCCCCGAGAGUUGAAAAUUGAUCCUGAUCUUGGCUAUUCUUUUUUGCACGUGCGUGAUUGUUCACCUCCUUGUCCAAAUAUGUACUUUAGGAGAGAAGAACUUUCAUUUGCUCGAUAUUUCAUAGGAUUGAUUUCAAUCAUUUGCCUCUCUGCCACAUUAUUUACUUUUUUAACUUUUUUGAUUGAUGUCACAAGAUUCCGUUAUCCUGAAAGACCUAUUAUAUUUUAUGCAGUCUGCUACAUGAUGGUAUCGUUAAUUUUCUUUAUUGGGUUUUUGCUUGAGGACCGAGUAGCCUGCAAUGCAUCUAGCCCUGCACAGUAUAAGGCUUCCACAGUGACCCAAGGAUCUCAUAAUAAAGCCUGUACCAUGCUUUUUAUGGUACUCUAUUUUUUUACUAUGGCUGGUAGCGUUUGGUGGGUAAUUCUUACCAUCACUUGGUUCUUGGCAGCUGUGCCAAAGUGGGGUAGUGAAGCUAUUGAGAAGAAGGCAUUGCUAUUUCACGCCAGCGCGUGGGGCAUCCCUGGAACUCUAACUAUCAUCCUUUUAGCGAUGAAUAAAAUUGAAGGUGACAAUAUCAGUGGCGUGUGUUUUGUUGGCCUCUACGAUGUUGAUUCACUGAGGUAUUUUGUUCUUGCACCCCUCUGCCUGUAUGUGGUAGUUGGGGUUUCACUUCUCUUAGCUGGCAUCAUAUCCCUAAACAGAGUUCGAAUUGAGAUUCCAUUAGAAAAGGAGAACCAAGAUAAACUGGUGAAGUUUAUGAUCCGGAUUGGUGUUUUCAGCAUUCUUUAUCUUGUACCACUCUUGGUUGUAAUUGGAUGCUACUUUUAUGAGCAAGCUUACCGUGGCAUCUGGGAAACAACAUGGAUACAAGAACGCUGCAGAGAAUAUCACAUUCCAUGUCCAUAUCAGGUUACUCAAAUGAGUCGUCCAGACCUGAUUGUCUUUCUGAUGAAAUACCUGAUGGCUCUCAUAGUUGGUAUUCCUUCCAUUUUUUGGGUUGGAAGCAAAAAGACAUGCUUUGAAUGGGCCAGUUUUUUUCAUGGUCGUAGGAAAAAAGAGAUAGUGAAUGAGAGCCGACAGGUACUCCAGGAACCUGAUUUUGCUCAGUCCCUCCUGAGGGAUCCAAAUACUCCUAUUAUAAGAAAAUCAAGAGGAACUUCCACUCAAGGAACAUCCACACAUGCUUCUUCAACUCAGCUGGCCAUGGUGGAUGAUCAGAGAAGCAAAGCAGGGAGUGUCCACAGCAAAGUGAGCAGCUACCAUGGCAGCCUCCACAGAUCCCGUGAUGGCAGGUACACUCCCUGCAGUUACAGAGGAAUGGAGGAGAGACUACCUCAUGGCAGCAUGUCACGACUCACGGAUCAAUCCAGGCACAGUAGUUCUCAUCGGCUCAAUGAACAGUCACGACAUAGCAGCAUCAGAGAUCUCAGUAAUAAUCCUAUGACUCACAUCACACAUGGCACCAGCAUGAAUCGGGUUAUUGAAGAAGAUGGAACCAGUGCUUAAAUUGUCCUAAGAUGGAAAACUUGUGUUGUUUAAAAAGCAGAUUUUCUUCUUUGCCUUUGCAUGACUG